AUGAAAAUACUUCUAGCUUUCGCUACUCUCUUCUCUUUUUUAAUUUUACCAAAUAAUGCUCAUACACAGGGUACAAUAACGGUCGAUUCAAUUACUUUUGAUAAAAUUUUACAACGUUUUCAUACAGUUCUACUUAAAUUCGACGAUAAAUUUCCUUAUGGUCCUUUCCAAGAUAGUUUUAAAGAUUUGGUUGAUAGCGUUGCUAAUGCAAAAGAUUUUGUUAUUGCUGAAGUUCCUGUAACUGAUCGUGAUAAUAGAGAAAACUAUCAUUUUGGUUUAAACUAUUAUGCAUUUAAACCGGAUUUUCCCGUAUAUAGAUUGUUUAUUAAAGAUACACCCACGCCAAUUAAGUAUGUUGGUGAUCGAACAGCAGAUGAUUUGAAACGUUUUCUAUUACGAAAUACAAAGGUUUGGCUUGGUUUGUCUGGUACAAUCGAACUCCUACAUGAACUUAGUGGAGAAUUUAUUGAUGCUACAUUAAAUAAUGAUACAGAUACACAAACUCUAUUGUUAGAAAAAGCACAAAAUCGAGUCAAUACCAUACUCGAUACGAAAGAUCAGAAAAGUGGUGAAAUGUAUUUGAAAAUUAUGGAAGCUGUUAUGAAAGAUGGCAUUGAAUUUUUUAAACGUGAAGAACGGCGUAUUCACAAUUUACUUAAAGGAAAGGUUACCAAAGAAAAGAAAAUUGAAUUACGACAUCGAGAACAUAUUCUUCUCUCAUUCAAACCAUUAAAAGAAUCAGUUAGUAAAAUGGCGGAUGCAGCUAAAGAUGAAGCUGCGAGUGCCAACGAACAAAUUCAAGAAACGACUAUGGAUGCUCAUAAAGAAUUAUAA